AUGUAUUCACAACACAUUUCAAUCCUUACCCGCAUGUUCCCAGACUCCAGUCGCUGCCCGCCGACAACUAUAGUGUCAAUGAACGCUCGAUUCGAUCUGCACUAUCAUGCCAAAAUUGGGGCAACGCUUCGCCCGCUUAAAGAAGAGAACUAUUUUAUUAUUGGAAUUGGUGUGUACCGGAACGUAUGGCAGCCGAUGGUACUUUACCGCGAUACUCUGGGCCAGGAGUCACCCCAGAAAUUUGGCCCUGGACUUCAGACAGGCGUCAGAAGACAUGAUUCGUGUCCAAAUCUGCGUCUCUCAAUGAUAAGGUUGAUGAAACAUCCUCAAUAUCGUGAUGCUCAUGCGACCGAUGACCACUUUAUGGUUCCUGUGUUGUGUGCAGACGUGGCUGGCGAUUGGGAAGAUUGCGCAACGAGUAAUGAUUUAGGUGCUGAAACAUGGGAGCGAACGAAUAUGUGCAAUUCCCAAUGCACUCUGGGGGAUAUGCCGCUGGUAAUAAAUGAAUUACCCCCUAGAACGGGAUUUUGA